CGCAGGCGUCGUGGGCCGCGAGCCGGGUUUGGUGGUCGCCGGGUCUGGUGGUCGCCAGAAGGAAGAUCCUAUCUGCUGUGUGGAGAAUGGAUUGGAACAAAGUAAGGCCGUGCAGGAAUCCGAUGUAGAAGCCCAGUACUUCCAUAGGCCAGAAGACACCACCACAUCUCCUGGGAUGGAAUUACAGAGGUUGGGAGCUGCCAUGUGGGACCCAGUGCACCCCUGAGGGACCCAGGCACGUGGAUGGGGACCCGGCUGGGAGAAGGAAGAGACCGCUGAAGGAACUGACAUGGGACAGCCACAUGGAGACAGGAAAGGUCUCCCCCACAGAGAAGUCCCCCGGGGCGUUGGGCUGUUGCUGGCCAUGGCCCUCAUGAACGUGCUCCUUUACCUCUGCCUCGACCAGUUUGUCGUUUCCCCUCGAGCUGCGGAGGACCCCGGGCGCUGUCCCCACGGUUACUUCAGGAUGGGACGGAUGAGGAACUGCUCGCGCUGGCUGUCCUGUGAGGAGCUGAGGACGGAAGUGAGGCAGCUGAGGCGUGUGGGGGAAGGAGCCGUGAAGAGAGUCUUUCUGUCCGAGUGGAAGGAACACAAAGUUGCCCUCUCGCGGCUCACCAGGCUGGAGAUGAAGGAUGACUUCCUCCACGGACUGCAGAUGCUGAAGUCUCUGCAGAGUGAGCACGUGGUCACGCUGGUUGGCUACUGCGAGGAGGACGGCACUAUUCUUACCGAGUAUCACCCCUUAGGUUCCUUGAGCAACCUGGAGGAAACACUAAACCUUUCAAAGUACCAGGAUGUGAACACCUGGCAGCACAGGCUCCAGCUGGCCGUGGAGUACGUGGGCAUCAUUAACUACCUGCACCACAGCCCCCUGGGCACGAGGGUCAUGUGCGACUCUAACGACCUGCCCAAAACGUUGUCCCAGUAUCUUCUCACAAGCAACUUCAGCAUCGUGGCAAACGACCUAGAUGCCCUGCCCCUGGUGGACCGCGACUCUGGGGCACUUGUGAAGUGUGGCCACAGGGAGCUGCAUGGGGACUUUGUGGCACCAGAGCAGCUGUGGCCUUACGGAGAAGACACGCCCUUCCAAGAUGAUCUCAUGCCCUCCUAUGAUGAGAAGAUUGACAUCUGGAAGAUUCCGGAUGUCUCCAGUUUCCUUCUGGGGCAUGUGGAAGGGAGUGAUAUGGUUCGAUUUCAUUUAUUUGAUAUCCAUAAGGCAUGUAAGAGCCAGAUCCCCGCAGAAAGACCCACGGCUCAGGAUGUUCUGGACACUUACCGGAAGGUUUUACAUUCACUCAGGGACACAGUGACGUCUCAGACAAAAGAGAUGCUGUAAAGACAGGCCACUGAGUGACAGACUUGACGGCUGAGUGGCAUCCCAGAUGUUCUACUCUGGAUGGAAGCACUUUCGUGAACUUUGUGUCUUGUUGACUUUGGUUAUUCAGCCAUGCAGACUCUUCCCCUGCAUCUGCCUGCACAUCUGCCUGCACAUCAGAGUGUAUGCUGGUCUCCUGGCAACCUGGAUAGAAGUUGCCAAGCGGGAAAACCUUGCUUCGCUGUGCUUCCUGGUGAAGAUGCAGAGAAUCUGUGGAUCUAACAGUGUUUGAAGGGAGUGAUUGAUGGAACAGUAAUCACAAAGACACCUUGCCUACCCUGGUAACCAUGUUUAUAGACUGGUAGGAAGUGGAAAUCUUUAAAUGACCACGUGUGAAAAAACAUACACUAGUUCUUCAGGGGACAUUUUCUCCUAAUUGAAGGAGAUACAUUUCCCCCUUGAGAAGGGGAUAGAUACCACAGGCAAAAGAAGUCCUGUUGGAAGUUGGAUAUAUAUAGCUCAGUGGCCGGGCACUUUCGUGGUUCUGUGCAAAGCCCUGGAUCUGACCCGUCACAUGCUCGUACACACACUCAAAGACCAUUUUGGGUGUCCAGAGUGCACCGCUUGUCAGGGAGGUCGUUGUCAGUGUUGGGGAUGAUUUUCUGUGAAGCUUCCAUGCUAUCUCCUUCCACUGAGCCAAGUGUGCUCUGGCAGCAGGCUCUUGAGAUUGUGAAUGGCUAGGAAUGUUGGGACCAGCAAGUUGAGGGAACUUUCUUGCCUGGUUUGGAUGGUUGCUGACCUGGGGUUUCUGUGUGAACGUUUGAUAUCCAGUGUCCUUCUUCACUAGAAGGUGUUGCAUCUCCCUGGGUUUGUACAACUGAAUUAAAAAAAAACAAACCUGGAGCCAGGAAUGAUGGUACACACCUGCAAUUCUAAUGCUGGGAGACAGACCAGAGGAACUAAGAGUUCAGGGCUGUCAUGGGCUGUACCACGACCCUGUCCAUCCACACACACACACCCCCCAAAUAAAAAAGGUCUCUCCCA